CCGGGGGGACCGCGGUGAUGCAAUAGCCCGGGCACGGGGGCGCGGGGGCCGCGGGGCUCGGCCCGGCCCGGCACGGCACCCACCCGCCCCGGGGAUGCUUUUCCCGGCUGUGGGGAUGCUUUUCCCGGGCGCCGCCGUGCUGGCAGCCCCCCGAUGCUGCGGCGGCCGCUGAGGGCCGGGAGGAGGAAGGAGGCAGAGCCCGGGAUGGAGCGGCCGGCGGCGGCGCGGAGGGGCCGGGGAACGGGCCGGGAACACGGCAGGUAGCGCGGAGAGGAGCAGGAGCGCUGCGGAUCGGGCGGUCAUGGAGGGAACCCGGCAGAGCAGGAUCUGCCGCCCGCACAAGAUCAGCGAAUCCUCCAAGGUGUACAGGUGGGAUGACCACUCCAGCCUGGUUCUGCAGAGCCUGAACGAGCAGAGGCACCGAGGGCUCUUCUGUGACAUCGUGCUGGUGGUGGACGAGCAGAGAGUGCCGGCCCACAGGAACCUCCUGGCUGUGUGCAGCGACUACUUCAACUCCAUGUUCACCAUCGGCAUGAGGGAGGCCCACCAGAAGGAGGUGGAGCUCUUUGGGGCCUCCUACAUCGGCCUCAAGGCCGUGGUGGAUUUCCUGUACGGCAGCGAGCUGUCCCUGGACGGAGGCAACAUCGACUACGUGCUGGAGACAGCGCACCUGCUGCAGAUCUGGAAGGUGGUGGACUUCUGCUGCGAGUACCUGGAGAACGAAGUCAGCGAGGAGAACUACCUGUACCUGCAGGAGCUGGCCUCCAUCUACAACCUGAAACGCCUCGACUCCUACAUCGACUCCUUCAUCCUGCAGAACUUCGGCACUCUGUCCUUCACGCCGGACUUCCUGCAGAACAUCUCCCUGCAGAAGCUGUGCCAGUACCUGGACAGCAGCGACGUGCAGCAGGAGUGCGAGCACGACCUGCUGCAGGCGGCCCUGCAGUGGCUCACGCAGUACCCGGAGCGGGAGAACGAGGCUUACCAAGUGCUGGACAACAUCCACUUCCCCCUGAUCCCCAAGAGCGACCUGCUGCACCGGGUGAAGCCCGCCGUGUGCUCGCUGCUGCCCAAGGAAGCCAACUGCGAGGGCUUCAUCGAGGAGGCCGUCAGCUACCACAACAGCGUGGCGGCGCAGCCCGUGCUGCAGAGCAAGCGCACGGCGCUGCGCACCUGCGAGGAGCGCCUGCUCUUCGUGGGAGGGGAGGUGUCGGAGCGCUGCCUGGAGCUCUGCGAUGACACCUGCUUCCUGGACACCAGGAAGGGACAGUGGGUGGCAGAGACGCCCCUGCCCGCCCGCAGGAGUCACCACUGUGUGGCCGUCCUGGGAGGAUUCAUCUUCAUAGCCGGGGGCAGCUUCUCCCGGGACAACGGAGGGGAUGCGGCCUCAAAUCUCCUAUAUAGGUAUGACCCCCGCUGUAACCAGUGGAUAAAGGUUGCCUCCAUGAGACAGCGACGAGUGGAUUUCUACCUGGGAGCCAUCACUGACAUGCUGGUGGCUGUUGGUGGCAGGAAUGAAAACGGGGCCCUGUCCUCAGUGGAGACCUACAGCCCUCAGAAGGACUCCUGGACCUACAUAGCAGGGCUGCCCAGGUUCACCUACGGCCACGCCGGCACCGUGUACAAGGAGUUCGUGUACAUCUCGGGAGGCCACGAUUACCAGAUCGGGCCCUACAGAAAGAACCUGCUGUGCUACGACUACCGCACGGACGUGUGGGAGGAGAAGAGGCCCAUGAUCACUGCCAGGGGCUGGCACAGCAUGUGCACCCUGCAGGACAACAUCUACUCCAUCGGCGGCAGCGACGACAACAUCGAGACCAUGGCUCGGUUCGACAUCCUCAGCGUGGAGUCCUACAGCCCCCAGUGCAACCAGUGGACCAGGGUGGCCCCUCUGCUGCAAGCCAACAGUGAAUCGGGGGUGGCCGUUUGGGAAGGCAAGAUUUACAUCCUUGGAGGGUACAGCUGGGAGGAGGCUGUCUUCUCCAAAACAGUCCAGGUGUAUGAUAAGGAGAAAAAUAAGUGGUGCAAAGGGACGGACUUGCCCAAAGCGAUUGCCGGAGUGUCCGCGUGCGUCUGCGCCCUGAAACCCAAAACAGAGGACAAAAAGAAAAAGAUAAAAACAAAGAAACAUCAAGAUCGAGGAAGAUGACCACUCCUGGAUAGCCACCCUUGGGUGGUGGGCUCCUUGUAUUUAGACAUUUCUAUCUAACCUUAAUUCUUUUUCUUUUUAAACAGGGUGGGGAGGGCAUCUUCUGAAGCCUCAGAAAAUGUUCACUUGAAUGUGGUUUUUGGAUUAAACUCAUGUUUAAGGUAAAAACAACAAAACCAAAAACUCCCCCUCUUGCUAUACGAAGGGUGAUGUGGCCAGAGAGGUUCUGCUGCUCUCCUGAAUGUUAAGGCUUAGGCUUCUCCUUCUGUGGUUCAUGGCAUUUCCACAUACAUCGUAUUAUAUCGACGUUUUAAGGAGGUUUUUAAAAACAACUUUUCUACUUUUUUAUACCACAUUUUGCUAACUCAGUCUCUCGUUUGCCAUAUAUUACGUUGUUGACUGUAGAAGCUGCAGCUCUGUGCUCGUGACCCCGCUGUUGGCAUCAGGAGCUCCUGGUGUGAUGAUCUUUGGUGUCUGUGUGGCUUGGCCAGGCCGCGGAGCAGCUGCUGGAGCAGCGCUGGCAUCGCCAGCAUUGCCAGGCAGUCAGCUGGAAUCGGGACUAUUGUCACAAUCCCAGCUCCCCCAGAGCCCAGCUCGCCAGCCGUGCCCAUAAACACCCUUUAUUCCGUGGCUGCUGAUCUGCUGAGUGCAUUUCAAGGGCUUUGCUUUAAAGUUCAGCUGUUGAUCAUUGCUGUUAUUUUUUCCUCAGUCGUCCUCUCCCAUCUCCCAUCUCCCUUUCCAUGUAUUUCAGAUUUCUUCCAUCUGGUGUGUGUGCAGGUGAUAUCCUGCUACCCCCAUUAUUUUGUCUUUUUUCCAGGUGAUAUCCUGCCACCCCCAUUCUUUUGUCUUUUUUUCCAGGUGAUAUCCUGCUACCCCCAUUCUUUUGUCUUUUUUUCCAGGUGAUAUCCUGUACCCUCAUUCUUUUGUCUUUUUUUCCACGUGAUAUCCUGCUACCCCCAUUAUUUUGUCUUUUUUCCAGGUGAUAUCCUGCUACCCUCAUUCUUUUGUCUUUUUUCCCCCCCUCAAACUACUUACCUCAAUCAUUGGAAAACACUAAGAAAACAUUUUUGCACUUAAUUUCAUUUGAAACUCUGGUAAGAGUUUCUACUAAAGAAAGCUACUUUAAGACCUACUACAAGCACAUGUGUAAGGAAAGAGGUGACAAUAAAUUUCUGGAGUGCAAGGAGGUUAUAGGUUGUUUCUUCAAUGCUAAGAAAACUAGUUGGAAUUAAUUUUCUGAAACUCUUUGAGGGUUUUUUUUUUGGUGUUUUUUUUUAAUUUAAAAAAAAGCCUCAGGAGUCAGGCUUUCAUUUGCAUUAAUGGAUUUAUUUUAAAGCCUUUGUGUACUGCAUGAGGUAAUGGUUAUUCUUUUUUAGCCUAAAAAUAAAUUUAAAACAAAAAAAAAACCCAAAUUGAACAUUUUGGUUAUGACAAACUCAUUGACAAGUUUUUGGGGUUAUUUUUUUUAAUAUCUGAAAUCCUUGCUAUGUUGACUGACAAGCACUUAACUUUUUGGGGACAUUUUCAUGUGUAAGUACAGAACAAAAAUUUCAGAGACUUGCUUUUUUUCUGUUACUGGGUUGCUUGUUACUAUAUCCCCUCUUUUAUUGUGUUUAUGUAUUACAUUAAUGUCUGGGAACAAUAAAUCCAGUUUAGAAUAUUCUA